GAGAGCGGCGGUUGGGGCUGGGCUUCCGGAGGCUUCAGCGCCAUGUCAUAUGCCUACCUUUUCAAAUACGUUAUCAUCGGGGACACCGGCGUCGGGAAAUCAUGCCUCUUGCUGCAGUUCACAGAUAAACGGUUUAUGGCUGUUCAUGAUUUGACAAUUGGUGUGGAGUUCGGGGCACGGAUGAUUUCCAUUGAAAACAAAAAGAUCAAACUGCAGAUUUGGGAUACGGCUGGCCAGGAAUCCUUCCAGUCUAUCACACGCUCCUAUUACAGAGGAACAGCUGGGGCGCUCUUGGUCUACGACAUCACCAGGCGAGAAACGUUCAACCAUUUGUACACCUGGUUAGAGGACGCUCGGCAGCAUUCCAGUCCCCACAUGGUGAUCAUGCUGAUUGGCAAUAAAAGCGACAUGGAGAACCGCCGAGUUGUUCAAAAAGAGGAAGGAGAGGCUUUCGCUCGGGAACAUGGCAUGGUUUUCAUGGAGACAUCAGCCAAGACAUCAGCCAACGUGGAAGAGGCCUUUCUCAACACAGCUAAAGCCAUCUACAGAAAGAUCCAGCAGGGUGAACUUGACAUUUCCAAUGAGGGACAUGGGAUCAGGAUUGGCUCUAAACAACCAGCAGUUAUUCAGCCUGGAUCAUCCCUCCGCCCGGGACCACAAGGCUCUGGGGACCGAUCGGGCUGUUGCUAAGUUUACUUGAAAAUCCUGUCUGGCCCAUUGAGGCUGGUAACAAAUGGAGGAUGGUGCUUUUUUUUUUUUUCUUAUUCAGACAGUGUUGUGGGAGAUAGGGAAGCAAGGAUUGUCCAGUCCAGUUUUCCUUUCCCCUUUUUAUACGAAUUUGGGGCCAACAUAUAUCUAAUCUUUGGCUGGGGGGUCUAUAGCACCCCUUUCCAAAAUCUUCCCAUCAGAGUUGUCUAGCCUUUCUUAUAAAAGAAAAGAUAUUUCCCUCCUCCAGUCUGACCUUAUAUCAGCAGUGACUUUUCUCCUCACUGUUGAAAACUUCAUUCCCUAUCUUGGACUCGUUGCGUUCUGGGGAUCACCCAGGUCGCCAUACUUGAUUUUAAUAUUCAGCUGUGAUGUACUAUUUCUCCUCUUCCUAUUAAAAGUUGUCACGUUUGCUUUUAUCUGCCUUUCUUUUCUAGUGGGAGAAGGAAGCGAAGGACUGUGUAAAAAGGAUUUGCUUCAUCUUUUGCCACGGCAAUUCUUUAAUGCAACCUUCCAUUGCAGGUCGUCCUCGACUUUUG